AUGGAUCUUUCUGCGGUUCUCUUUACGCUUCUGGUGGAUUUGGUUCUGGUUCUAGGCUCACAGCGUUUUUCUGGGCUGCAUCCGAACGCGGUUCUCCGUGAGAAGAGCACAGGAUCACGGCAUCAGUCUACUCAGCUACCGCUCUACAUGAUGCAGCUGUACCGCACCAUGCUCACCGAGGACCGCGUCAGGACCCCCGACAUGAGUUUGGGCCGAUCCCCGCUGGAGGACAACCCGGGUCUGCACAACUCUGACUCCGUCACCAGCCUUGUAGCAAAAACUUGUCAGCAGAUUGGAAACCACUGGUCCGUCACCUUCGAUGUGUCUUCUAUGUCUACAAGUGACAAUAUCCAACUGGCUGAGCUCCGCAUGCAUCUCCCUGCCUUCAGUCAGUCCUCUCAGGCCUCUGUGGACAUCCAUCACCACUGCAUGGGGCCAAACUGCCCCAAGGAGCCAGUGUUUCUGGGAAGAGUUCAGGCCAAGCCUAGCUCCAUGCUGUCCCCAUCCUCCUGGAAGGUGUUCAACAUAACUGAGCUGCUCUUGGACUGGCUUCAAGACGGAUACUCAUCAGACAGGCCUCAGGAGGAACGCGCGGGAGACAAGGAGGUGGUUCAGCACUCCACUACUAACAGGGUCAUGAUGGUGGUCUUCACCAGGCAGAACCCCACCAGCCAGAGGGCUCCCACUCUCAUCCGCACAGCUGAGCACUCCAAGUAUGUCCAGCUGGACAGUAGCUCCAGAAGGAGCGGCCGGAGCAAGAGGCACCAGCAGAACUACCACCACCACCAUGCCCACCAUCAGAGGAAAGGAGUAGCAGGGGCUGCUCCUGCUAGCAAGCCAAGUGAGGACAACAAGAGCCCUCUGUGCAGGAAGGUGGACAUGUGGGUGGACUUUGAGAAGUUUGGCUGGAGUGAGUGGAUUGUGUAUCCCAAACGCUACAAUGCUUUCCGCUGUGAAGGUAGCUGUCCUACACCUGUGGAUGAGACUUUCACUCCCACCAACCAUGCCUACAUGCAGAGCCUGCUAAAACUUCACCAUCCGGACAAGGUGCCCUGUGUGUCGUGUGUGCCCACUCGCCUGGCCCCUCUCUCCAUGCUCUACUUUGAGAAUGGGAAGAUGGUGAUGAGGCAUCAUGAGAAUAUGAUUGUGGAGGAGUGUGGCUGCCACUGA